CACAAACUCAACACGAUGACCACCUUCAAUGACGAGCAGCAGAUCCUGCCGAUGGACGCCAUGUACAUCAUCCAGGACGCCAUCCGCGUCGAGUUUGAAGUCCAGGCACUCCUGCAGACCCUGCGUGACUGCACUGGACCACUCCCGGCAGCAACAGAGCUGCGCAACGGCAUCCGUGCCAAACUCAAGUCGCUGCCAGCCAUGCUCAAGGUGCUGGAACGCAUUGCUCGCGAACAAGACCGAGACCAAGACACGGAACUCGUGAUGAGCAAAGUGCAUCGGCACGAAGAGCAAUUGGAGCGCCUGCACGAACAGUUCCGAUUGGCAAAUGUAGAGUGCAAGGAAAACAUGGACCGUCAGCACCUGCUCGAUCGCGCUCAGCUCUUGUCGCUGUCGUUGCGCGCACAUUCGCCACGCGUGGAUUCGGCUGAAGACGCUGGCUCGGUUCUAGGCAAAACGUCAGUAUUGACGAACGAGCCUACUACAUCACACUCUACACUUCACAGCAAAGCAGCAGCAGCAGAAGCAGCAGAAACCAGCAAGUCGGCCUUCUCGUCGACACACAAUUCGUCCGAGCUCUCGACUCGUCAAGCGCUUCUCCCGGCCGUCACCAUCGCGGGCAUCCGACAGCGGUCUCUCGCUAGUAGCGUCAAGUCAUCUCAACAAAGUCUGCUGUCGACCUCGUCCGACAUAACGCAGAGUUUGCGCAACACGACGCAGUUGAUGGCCACGCAACUCGAGCAGAAUGCGCGCACAAUGCAAGUUCUGUCUUCGUCGUCCAAAACUAUCGAUGACUUCCAUUCCGAGUUUAGCGGCCAUGGAGGUCUAAUUGGCACUGGUCGCCGCAUUCUAACCAACAUCCGAAGGCGGGAAAUUGCCGAUCAUAUUCUUGUUGGCGUGGGCAUUUUUAUUUUUGUGUGCACCGUCUUGUACAUUCUUCGGAAGCGACUCGGGGCGCUCUUCUGGUGAGGGGGGUGCUCACUUGCUUAAUGCAGAGAUAAUGUCGAACGAAAGCUAGCUCCGUUCAUUUCGAUUCCCAUUCAGACUGUCCAUCCCUCUCUAUCAGUGAGUAACUCUGAAUUCACUCUGGUUCAAAAAAAUCCUCCACUCACAU